CAUCCUAUAGAAAACCAAAACGCAAGAGAAACAACAGUUGCAGGCACAUGAUGGAGGAGACUAAGAAGAACAAGACACAGCAGUAUCUACCUCAUGAAUUGAUAAUCCAAAUUCUGCUAAGGUUACCGGUGAAGUGUCUUUUACAUUUCAAAUGCGUUUGUAAAUUAUGGUUAACUCUUAUCUGUGAUACCCAUUUUGCAAAUUCACAUUUUCAAAUUACUGCAACUCACACUCCUACAGUUCUGUUCUUAUCAAAUUCAGCUCCUCCUGGACCUCAAUCUAUAGAGAUUGAAAGAUCAACUCAUAGUGAUUCUGAUACCGAUUUUGCAAAUUCACAUUUUCAACUUGCCACCGCAACACCCACUUAUACAAUUCGGUUCAUAUCACAUCCAUAUCUUUUAACUCCAUCUAUAGAUUUCCAAGAAUCACUUAACCCUGAUAUUGCUUCUACUUCACUCAACCUUAAUUUUACGCCUUUUGAAUCUUAUUCUUAUAUUCAAGUUAAAGGUUCAUGUAGAGGCUUUUUACUUUUGCACUGUUACUGUCAACAGAUGCUGAAUAAUAAUAAUAAUAUCUACAUAUUCAAUCCAUCCACUGGAGUUCACAAAAAAAUACCUUUGUCUCCUUUUGCUUCCAAUUUAGAUGAAGAUGAAAAAUUUAUAUGUUAUCUAGAUGGUUUUGGGUAUGAUCAGUCAACAGAUGAUUACUUGCUGGUUUCGUUGUCCCACGAUGAUCAAAACACAGCUAAGUUUUCACCACACGUGGUGUUUUUCUCAUUCAGAGCUAAUACGUGGAAAGAAAUUGAGGGUACUCAUUUUCCUUAUAUGAAUAGUAGUAUCUCUUUUGUUAACCAUCAUGAAGGGUUACUCUAUAAUGGUGCUAUUCAUUGGUUGGCUUUUCGUCAUGAUUUAAAAAGGUAUGUUAUUCUUGUCUUUGAUUUAAUGGAAAGGAAACUUGAAGAGAUCCAUCUUCCAGAUGAUGUUUUCUCUGUCUAUGACCCUUGCACUUAUUGUUUGUGGGUCUUUGGAGAAUUUCUCAGUGUAUGGGAUCCAUCGUAUAAUACAGUUGAAAUAUGGGUGAUGAAAGAAUACAAAAUGCAUUCAUCUUGGACUAAGAUGCUUGUUCUUCCUACUGAUGGCCUUCCCUAUGAGUACUUUAACCCUUUAUGCUCUACAAAAAGUGGUGAUAUUAUUGGAAUGGAUGGUGGUACUGGAUGGGUGAAGUAUAAUGACAAAGGACACUUGCUAGAUCACUACGAUUGUAACUAUCCACUUGGAUCCCAAGCGACUAUGUAUAUAGAGUCUUUGUUUUCACUCCCUGCUGACAAUGAACAAGCUUAAGAAGAUGACACAAAUAAGAAGAAGAAUGAGGUUGUGAAAUAUUCUCCUUCACUAAUUUCUUGAUGUUUAUAAUUAUAUAGUAUUUAUUGGGUAAUAUGUGUUUUACUGCAUUUGUGACGAGCCGGUGUGUCAUGGGUUGAUCCAAUAUGUCAUGAAAUGUAUUAUGUAUAUUGGUUAACUAGUUGUGUGAUUCACUUUUAUUUAUGCAUGUGUAACUGGAUUGAGUUCUGAUGUAUGUUGUGGUCACUACUUUAA